AUGCCACAAUUAACACCUUUUUAUUAUAUGAAUGAAAUAGUAUUUGCUUUUGCUAUAAUAGUAUUAGUUUUAUACAUUUUAUCUAAAUAUAUACUACCAAGAAUAGUUCGUUUAUUCUUAUCACGUAUGUUUAUUAAUAAAAUAUAA